CCACCACCUAAGAACGGCGCUUUUUCGCCGAGAGAAUCGCGCCCCUCUUCGCCGUUCCUUUGCUGCUUGCCGCGAUGCCUGCUGAAACCAGUGCGGAGCAGCAGCCCGCGCUUUCUCAGGAGGAGCCCCCUGCGAUGGACUCACCGCCUCACGGGGAGCUUCAGUACCUGAGGCAGAUCGAGCAGAUCCUGCGCUUCGGGCACAAAAAAGAGGAUAGGACCGGAACUGGGACACUCUCCAUCUUUGGCAUGCAAGCGCGGUAUAGCCUCCGAGAUAAUUUCCCACUGCUAACAACAAAAAGGGUGUUCUGGAAGGGAGUGCUUGAAGAACUACUUUGGUUUAUCAAGGGCUCUACAAAUGCAAAGGAGCUCUCUGCUAAAGGUGUUAAGAUUUGGGAUGCAAAUGGUUCACGUGAAUUCUUAGACAAACAGGGAUUCUAUUCUAGAGAGGAAGGAGAUUUGGGCCCUGUUUAUGGCUUCCAGUGGAGGCAUUUUGGAACUGAAUACAAAGAUAAGAAUACAGAUUAUACAGGACAAGGAAUAGAUCAGCUGCAGCAAGUGAUUGAUACAAUCAAAAAUGAUCCUGAUAAUAGAAGAAUUAUCAUGUGUGCAUGGAAUCCCAAAGAUAUCUCUGCAAUGGCCUUACCUCCCUGUCAUGCUCUCUGCCAGUUCUAUGUUUUAAAUGGUGAACUCUCUUGUCAGUUAUAUCAACGUUCUGGAGAUAUGGGAUUAGGAGUACCUUUUAACAUUGCCAGUUAUUCGUUGCUCACUUCAAUGAUUGCUCAUGUUACAGGGUUGAAGCCUGGUGAGUUCAUACACACAUUAGGAGAUGCUCAUAUAUACCUAAACCAUAUUGAACCUUUGAAAAUCCAGCUUCAGAGGCAGCCAAGACCUUUUCCCAAACUCAAAAUUCUUCGAAAAGUGGAAAACAUAAAUGAUUUCAAGGCAGAUGACUUUAAGAUAGAGGAUUAUAAUCCUCAUCCAACUAUCAAAAUGGAAAUGGCUGUCUAAUGGAUUUGUUCUAAUGAUCAGUCCACAGUUCUGCUUUUUAAUGUCACUCAGAAGGCUACAAAGGUCAAUAUUUUAAGAAGUGAUCACAGCUUUCAUAUGGAGCUUGAAUCUGAAGUAUACAUUUAAAUAUGCACUGUAUUUGAUGCUUGCACUUGUGCAGAGGGGGAUGCUCUUUUCAAUUUUGGUAAAUGAAAGAUGUAUAUCUAUAUCUUGUAUAGUUAUUUGUAUUAAGUGUUCCAUGUUCUGAACAAUACAAUCCAAUACAUGUGGUACUGCUGUAGUAUACAUAUGAAAGAUGUGCUAUCAACAUUGAUAAAAUCUUUUAGAACUAAGUUGACAGCAGUGAAAAGAAUGCUACAUUCAAGGCUUAGGAUAAAUAUUGAGCAAUUUUUAUGUAAAAUUCCAAAUAGUAGCAAUGUAAAGUGGCUAGAAAUUAUUCACAUCCCUGAGAGAAACAAGAAAACGCUGAACAAAAAAUAGGGGUGGUGGUGGUGGUGGUAAGAAGGUGUCUCUGCACUCCAUGGGAAAAAGGUUUAAUGCACAUGCAUAUCUCUUCCCCCCUGAAUUUAAGGGGAUUUCACUCCUUGAAGUCUUUUAUUUUAGUAAAAUGCAAAUUCUAGGGUGCUUAAGAAAUUUCUGCCUUGGCAAAAUUCCCAUACUUAAUUUUUUUUGCUACAAUGUACUAAGAGUCACUUCAGUGAUGACAGGUGAAUUUUGAAGCCCUCUCCCUUUUCAUGUCCUUGAAUCUAAUUUUGUGUGCCAUGUUCUAGAUCAGUAUAUCCUCAGAAAAGCCCAACUAUUCUCCCUUCCUACAGUUAUUUCUUAAUGUAACUCAUGUCCCGUGAUUAAGGAUAGGAAACUGUUCUCCUAGUCUUACCUUCUCUCUUCACAGGGCUUGGUCCAAUUUUCAGUCUCUGAAGGUAGUUGCUUGCGAGACAUUGUAUUCACU